AUGUUGAAGAAUGUUUUCUUAGAAUUUAAGGGUUAUGUUGAACGUGUUUUCGCCUCCGUUGGGCUGUCGGGAGAGCCAGAGAGGCAAGUCGGGAGAGCCAGAGAGGCAAGUCGGGAGUGCCAGAGAGGCAAGUCGGGAGAGGAAAAGAGCCAAGUCGGAAGAGCCAGACAGCCAAGUCGGGAGAGCCAGAGAGCCAAGUCGGACGUGCCUGACAGCCAAGUCGGGAGAGCCAAGAGUCAAGUCGGAAGAGCCAGAGAGUCAAGUCGGAAGAGGAAAAGAGCCAAGUCGGGAGAGCAAGAGAGCCAAGUCAGAAGAGCCAGAGAGCCAAGUCAGAAGAGCCAGAGAGACAAGUCGGGAGAGCCAGAAAGCCAAGUCGGGAGAGCCAGAGAGGCAAGUCAGAAGAGCCAGAGAGCCAGAGAGGCAAGUCAGAAGAGCCAGAGAGCCAAGUCGGGAGAGCCAGAGAGCCAAGUCAGAAGAGCCAGAGAGCAAAGUCGGGAGUGCCUGAGAGCCAAGUCGGGAGUGCCAGAGAGCCAGAGAGGCAAGUCAGAAGAGCCAGAGAGCCAAGUCGGGAGAGCCAGAGAGCCAAGUCAGAAGAGCCAGAGAGCCAAGUCGGGAGAGCCAGAGAGGCAAGUCAGAAGAGCCAGAGAGCCAAAUCUGGAGAGCCAGAGUGCCAAGUCGGACGUGCCAGAGAGCCAAGUCGGGAGAGCCAGAGAGGCAAGUCAGAAGAGCCAGAGAGCCAAGUCGGGAGUGCCAGAGAGCCAGAGAGCCAUUUCCACCCAUUCGGCCCGCUUGGAAUACGCCAUGAAUGCCAAUGGGCGCCCGUCAAAGGGGCCUGGGUUCUUGCUUUCUUUCUGCUCUCUAUUUCUCAUUUAA